UUAUGUCGUGAACUGCAGAUUUAUUUUCCUUCAUUGAGCAUUACCUUCAAGCUUCAACGUCGCGGGGUUUUCAGAUUCCAAGGUCAGUCAGUACCUGUAUUCUUGGACAGUCAUAAUGUCGAAAGUAAGCACUUUGUAUGCAGUGUUGUCAACAACUGGUUUCAAACUACUUAACCAAAGUGCAGAAUGUGAAAUCAACAAGAUAUUUCAGCGCAAGUUUAUCCCGCCAAUAUACGUUAUUGUGUUUGUGGUGGGUUUCUCCACAAAUUGCUCGGUGUUGGUCUCUUUGUGUUUGAAAUGGAGGAAAUGGGCCAGUUUGGACAUGUUCGUGUUUAACUUGGGAAUGGCUGAUCUCCUGUACGUCAUCACCUUGCCUUUCCUAGUGGUGUACUAUGCCAGUCAAAGCUACUGGAAUUUUGGGAAAGUGUUUUGCAGAAUAACGAGGUUCGUUUUCCACCUGAACUUGUACGGCAGCAUCGGAUUCCUCACUUGUAUCAGUGUGCAGCGGUACCUGGGGAUCGUGCACCCCUUGAAGGUCAAGGGCAGAUGGAAACGCCGUCACUCGGUCCUGAUCAGUGUCCUGGUCUGGGGGCUGGUUCUAAUCCAAACCUCGGUGGAUUUAUAUUUUCCAAAAACGAACGCCAAUGGCACAGCAUGCUACGACACUACAAUGGAUGAAGAAUUAACAAACUACCUGUUGUACAUUAAGAUUAUUUCUGUUAGUGGAUUUGUUAUUCCUCUCCUCACCAUCAUAGCAUCUUACUGUCAAAUCGCUUUCGUUCUCACCAGAAAUAACAACCUGGACAUUACUUUGAAGGAACGAUCCAGGAACCUUGCGAUUGUUGUGAUGGUUUUAUUUUCCAUUUGCUUUACACCUUAUCAUGUUUUGCGAUAUCUUAAUUUAAAUGCCAGACUUUUGCAAUCGAAAGGUCUCUGUACAUGGAAUAGAACCAUUUACUUGCUCUACCAGAUUGCUAGGGGAUUAUCUAGUUUCAACAGUUGCAUUGAUCCACUUAUUUAUCUUGUAGCCAGGGAUGACGCGAUAACUAAAAUGAAAGCAUUCAAGGAAAAGCUACAUGUAUCUUUCACUUGGUGUAAAGCAAGUGAUUAUACAAUUCCUCAAAGGAUUUUAAUCACAGACAAAAUUACAACUCACAACGAGACAACAGUGUAAAACCACACAAAAAUGGUAGCUUCACAGUACAGCUGAAUUGAAUUAAAGCAUUUUGUGAGAAUGAAUAACACAAAGUAAUUUAUUUUCAAGUUCGGAGCAAAGCAAGCGGCCGGAUUUUCUCUCAACUGGGAACAUGUCCACACGCCCACAGACUUUCUUUGAGAUUUUGCAUUUAAAUUGAGUCUAAUUAGAGAGCCAAGAUGUCCUGUACAUGGGAUCAGAGACGUGUGUGAAGAGAGCAAGCAACCAAUCAGGUCGAAGACCUGUUAAUGAGCGGCAGAGACAGAAGCAGGAAGCGCAGUUAAAAUAUAUAAUUUAAGGUCAAAUCAGAUGCAGAAACUAAAAUGAAAAGAGGGAAAGAAAUAUGGGAUUUAGAGAAAGCAAUGAACGGAAAUGCUUUUUUUUAUUUUCUUUAAAAAUAGAAGGAAUGAGAGUUCAUACUUGUAAAAGGUGUUUUUCAGUACCUGUGAGGUUUGGAUGUAAAGGAUGUAAUAGGUUGUUAGGGCACAGUUAAAAAUGUACUUACAUUUGAAUGAAUAACAAUAUUUUCUGGUGAGUUUCAUAAACAUGUUAGAAUCUUUAUAUGAUUCAAUGCAUUUAAAGCUGAGACUUAGCGAGUUAUUGUUAUAGCACAACUUCUGGAGGAACAAGAGGCCUUAGAUACAAACUGUUGAAUUUUCACAUUAACAGCAUUUAUUCAGCCCCAGAGGUUCCUGUUCAAUUUCCACUAUAAAAACAAUGUUGUUAGGCUCUGUGUUAUUUCUACAGCAAAAUCCAUCACUGUGUUUCUCAUUUUGGCAAUAGUUCUCAUAUGUACAUACAAUUACUAGUGAGAUCCAAACUCAAAGUACAGCCCAGAUCACUGAAUCAGUGUGCAGUUUCCAGUUCUUACACUGCCACAGCUAUUACCAUGGGCCCUGUGAACAAACUAAGUGAAUUAGUUCUGUUUAGAGGCAGAUUUGAAGGUGAAAUUUUGCUAUGGGUUUAUAUGGAAGAAGGUCUAGAUUGAAGUUGCUUGACUAAUUUCACUGGGAAAUGUGAGUGAUCAGAAUUUUUUUUAAAUCAUAAUUGUAGCAACUGUGAACCACUCAAAGCCUCCCACUACCAUUAGUCGGACCCUUCAUUUACUCCAAUGGGUUCCUUUGCCCUCACAAAUCAAUUUCCCCAUGGCCUCACACAUUCUUCUUCAACUCUGUGUCCCUACUGACACUUGUGAUUCUUCAGGCACUGAGUACACAGAAUAAAUAGAAUAUAUAGCACAUUACAAGCCAUUCUGCUCAACCAGUCCAUGCCACAUUUAUGCUCCACUCAAGCUUCCUCCCAUCCUUUCUCAUCCAACCCUAUCAACAUAUCCUUGGACCUCAUAUGCUUAUCUAGCUUCCACUUAAAUUCAUCUAUCUGCCUUAACUAGUCCCUCAGGUAGCAAGUUGUAUACUCUUCCCACUCCCUGGAUAAAGAAGUUUCUUCUGAAUUCCCUAUCUGAUUUCUUGGCGACUAUCUUGGCUAUUAGUUUUGCUCUUCCCGACAAGAGGAAACACUAACUCUGCUUUGUCUAUCAAAAGAUUUCAUAAGUUUAAAGCCCUCUAUUAAGUCACCCGCCAGCCUUUUCUUUUCAAGAGAAAAGUGACCCAGCCUGUUUAUCCUUUCCUGAUGGAUAAGUGUAACCUCAUACCAUCCUUGCAAAUUUCUGUUGCACUUUCUCUAGUGCUUCUGUAUCAUU